AAGUAGAGUUUCUAAGGAACUGUAGCAAUUCCUGGCAUGUGUGCGGUUGUUGUGUAAGGGAUUUUGAUUUUUCAGCCUGAAGAUGAUGAAGUAUAGUGUUCUGAUUUUAAAUUUACACCACUAACUGCAUGACCUGUUAUAAAUACAGUUGUACCUGUUAAUAGUAUUAUGUAUAUACAAUUAUAUUAUGACUAGACGUAAUUCAAUACCAAGAAAGUGAAGCAAGUCUACGCAUGUACGCGGUUGUUGUGUGGUUGGCUUAAGUGAUUUUAAUUUUUUAUCUUAGACAUCGUGAACUGUAGUGUUUUGAUUUUUUAGUCGACUAGAGUAUAUUAUACAAGCCUACUCGUUUGGGUUUGUAUUUGUGAAGAGUUUCAGUUCGUGUGUUAUACAACCAGUGUGCGCAUGUAGGCCUACACUGUUCUGUUGUGGUGUGAUUGUCUAGGUGACUUUGACGUUUCAUUCCGGAGACAGCAAAGUGUAGUGUCUCGAUAGCGUAUAUUGACCUACUCAUUUUUUUUUUGUGGCGAGUUUCAGCUCGUGUAGUAUACAACCAGUGUAACAAACAGUAAUUUAAUAUGGCUGAACAGACAGAUAAGGAAGUGUGUAGUAUCUGUUUAUACGACUUCAAACAUCCUGUAAAAAUCGACUGUCAGCAUUCGUUCUGCUUCAUCUGUUUAGAAGAUUAUGUGAACAAAACAUCUGCUAAAGAUCAGUUCCAAUGUCCAUUAUGCCGUUGCCUUAUAAACGUUGGUGACAGGGGCGUGCAACUAAACACUGAGGCCAAUUCCACAAUUAAUAUUCCAAAGUGCGAUGUAUGUACUGAAGAUACAUCUCAAUAUUUUUGCCGAGACUGUGAUCAGUAUUUAUGCAAUUCUUGUAGAACCAUGCAUGAUAAGAUUAAAAUUUGUAAAGACCAUGUUGUUUGUCGAUAUGACGAAAACCAAAUCGAUGAACAAUCAAGGUCGAACGAAACAAAGAAAGAAAAGAGACCAGUCAAUUUAUUCACAAAUCCUAAAGACUUUUGUCCAAAUCACGAAAGCGAGAAAGUUACAACCUACUGUAAAGAUUGUACACUAGCCAUGUGUUUAAAAUGUUUCGUGGCCAAUCAUAACGGACACAAUUAUUUAGAUUUACAGAAGGACGAAGUCAGACAAAAUAUGAGACAAGACUUAAGAACAUUAAAUGAUGCAUUAAAAACACAAAUUGACCGUUUUGAGAAACAUAAUGAUAAUUUGAAUAGUAAACUAAUCGAAGUCAAACAUUUUAUAAAAACUGAAUGUGACAAAGUAGAUGCACAGAUGGAUAAAAUCUGCUCAGAUGUUCGUAGAAUUGGACAAAAUAUUAAAAAGAAAAUGCAGGAAACUAGUGAAGAGGAAGAAUCCAAAUUAGGGAAAUUGACGGAGGACAUUAAAAGACUAACAGAAGAUUUAAAAGCUAGUGUUAAAUAUUCAGAGAAUAUUUUGGAAGAUUCGUCCAUUGUUGAAGUUUUGAAAAGAUUACCUAAAGUUAGACAGGAGAAAGAUGAAAGUUGUUGUAGAAAAUUGGAUAUACCUGAUGUAAGAUAUUCAAAAUUUCAAGUAGCAGAGAUAGAUCAAACGCUGUUAACCAAUCACCUUGGUAAGAUUGUAAAUUGUUAUCAGAAUAUGUUUGAAGAUAUCUUUAAUGUGGAUACUGUGAGUAGUGGUUGGUGUUCUGGUAAACAACACGUAGUUUCCGGUUUUACAUGGAGUAUCGCUGUAGUUAUAGAUUCGUUAUCAUUAUUUGUUAAAUUGUACCUGGAUGACGUAGAAGAUAACAGUAUUACGUUAUGUGACGCUGACGUCACAUAUAAAGUUAUAAAUAAAACAGAUGAUAGACAAUCUGUGGUUAAACAAUUUAUUGGUGGCGUGUCAGCUUGGUGUGAUAUUAUUGACUGGUCAUAUUUCAGUGAUCCUGUCAAUGGAUUUACUGAUGAUGAUGGAAACUUUAAAAUUCAAGUAACAAUUAAUGAAGUUACUGACAUUGAAAGGUGUGCAGAAUUAUGCUAGUGCUAUUCUGAUUAACAGUUGCUUAGUAAUAUGAGUAAAACAUAUUUCAAAUUUUA